AUGAACGGCUCGGGCUUCGACAUGAGGCUCGGCAUCGAGAGCGCUCUCCGGCGCGCGCUUCCGUACGGCGGGCUUCCCAGCAACGACUCGCCGCAGACGGCCUUCUUCGACGCGGCCACCGAGGGCGACCUCCGCCGCCUCAGGGAGCUGGCGAGCGGCAAGGACGCGAAGGAGAAGGCGUGGCUUGCCGAUGUGUCCAUCCAAGGCGUGGGGCCGUUUCAGGCCGCCGCGCGCCUGGGAAGAGUGGAUGUGUGCAGGUGCAUGGUGGAGGAGCUCGGCUUUGACAUCAAUGCCGGAAGCAAAAUUGGGCAUGACGAAGCAGCAAGCCUGUUGCUAUCUAGAGGAGCUAGUGUUGAUAUAGCUUAUUUUCAUGGGACACCACUACAUAUUGCUUGUGCCUAUGGGAAGACCGGUGUCAUCAAAGUCUUGUUGGAGCAUCAUGCAGAUCCAAACAAAGUUUCAGAAGUUUUAGGUACACCACUGGUAGCAACUCUACAUGCUAUUUCUGAAGGAUUACCUGAAUCCAUUUCACUGAAGUGUGCGAAGCUGCUUGUUGAGGCAGGUGCUGAUAUAAAUUUUACUAAUCCCGACACUCCGCUGGUGGUGGCAACUACCCAUGGCUUAACUGGCUGCAUUAAGUACUUGCUAAAGGCUGGUGCAGACCCUAAUAUCCCAAAUAGCCAUGAUGAGCAAGAUGAUACCAAUACUAAAGCCCAGCUUAAAUUAUGUGGUGAGAAAGCUGUUAAGAGAAAGGACUAUCGUGCAGCAUCAAUGUUCUACACCGAGGCAAUCGAGCUGGACCCUAAUGAUGCAACACUGUAUUCAAACAGGAGCUUUUGCCAUAUGCAAAUGACUGAAGCAGCUAAGGCUUUGUUUGAUGCUAAUACAUGCAUUGAAUUGCACCCUGGAUGGUUAAAAGGCUACUACAGAAAAGGAGUUGCUCUCAUGUUUCUCAAGGAGUACAAAGAAGCAUGCGAUGUUUUCAUGGCUGGACUGAAGCUGGACCCUGGAAAUGCCGAUAUGGAGAAAGCAUUACGGGAGGCAGUUGAGGCAAUGAAAAAGGAUCACUUUGCUAGGAAAAGCUUCAAGCCAUCUGGUUAGAGGAAAACGG